UACUCCGGGUUACCAAAACGCGGUCUCAUAUAAACGGAGCAGAGCGGGUCGCCUCCGGAGGCUCUCUGUUACAGUGUCAGCAGGCACAAAUGGCUUCCUUCACCGGCCGACGAACCCUCGCCGCCCUCGUCUCCCGAGCGCUCUCCUCCUCCUCCUCUCCCUCUGCAGCUGUCUCGGCCCGCUUCCGCUUCGCCGCUCCGCUCCUCAGCCACCUCCCGGGCCUGCUGCCGGGCCCCCACCCCGUCAACCUCCCGGCCCGCUCCAAGACCUCCGGGUCGGGAUACUCGCCGCUGAACGACCCUUCGCCGAACUGGAGCAACCGCCCGCCGAAGGAGACGAUUCUCCUCGAUGGCUGCGACUACGAGCACUGGCUCAUUGUCAUGGAGUUCGACCGCAAGCUCUCGGAGCAGGAGAUGAUCGACACCUACGUCAGGACACUCGCCCAGGUCGUCGGCGGCGAGGAGGAGGCCAAGAAGAAGAUCUAUUCCGUCUGCACGACCACUUACACGGGGUUCGGGUGUUUGAUCUCGGAAGAACUCUCCUACAGAGUUAAAGAAUUGCCUGGAGUUCUCUGGGUCUUGCCGGAUUCAUACCUCGACGUGCCGAACAAAGACUACGGAGGUGAUCUGUUUGUGGAUGGUAAGGUCAUUCAUCGGCCUCAGUAUUGGUACAAUGAGAGGCAGCCCACGAGGAGGCCCCGACCUCGUUACGAUCGACGAAGGGAAACCAUGCAGGUUGAUAGGAGGAACCCAGUUUCUGCUCAACAGCAAACAUCAGGACAAGUCCAAAAUCCAGCUCAGGAUCAGGGGAAUAGUUUUAAACCGGCAGAUACAAACAUGGUGGGCAAUGCAUAAUCUAGAUCUAGACUGGCGUUUCAGGUUCCUUGGUGUUAUAUAAUAGCUCAAUAUUUCUCAGUGAUUGUCAUUCCAUGCCGAACAUCAUCAAGAAUGGUUUAAGGCUUUUGUUAUUUGCUCUGCUGAAUUAGCUAUUUAUGAGUGAUAAGGUAAGCAUUGAUGUUCGUUUCACACAUGAGCAUGUCUAUGUAGUCGUGAAACAUUUAUCGGACUGUAGAAUAUA